GCCUGCGCGGUGGCCGGUUGCUGAAGGAACGGCGGCGGGUAGCUGAGGGUUGCGAGUUGCGGCCGUGUUGAUCGUGGUCAGGAGCGGCGCCACCGGGCUGAAGCGCUCCCAGGUAUGUGGCGAUCGCUCUGUAUUCCUCUGAACCCGGUGACGAGAGCUUUCUCCUGUGGCCCUGUGUGUCGAGCAGGGAGUCAGUGGCGACUGGAGCACGGUUUAUCCCGAAGUGGGACAGAAUAUGGACCCCUGACGGAUCUCCCGGACUGGUCUUUUGCAGAUGGGCGUCCAGCACCCCCGAUGAAGGGACACAUCCGUAGGCAUCAGAAGGCAGCUGAGAUGGCGGGACGGAUUGUAAUGCUGACCAAUGAGCUGCAGCAGGGGAUGGAGCAGUGGGAGAUUGAGCAAGUGGCCCUCCACAGGCAGCAGGAAGAACAACUUGAAUCGCAGCUCCGUCCCAAGGGAGCCAGGGCCGGGCAGCGCGCCCGGCAGGAUCACGCUGCCAGAGCCAGGCACCGCGCCCGGCAGGAUCACGCCGCCAGGGACACCCAUGCCGAAUAAAGGUGCUCCAGACGCUGCUCCUACUCUGUAAUGUGGUCUGUCUGUUGGGAACGGGAGAGUUGGUAGGGUUGGAGGGCUUACGGGAGAUGGGUGCAGCUAGAGAGCAGAAGAUCCCAUGUACAUCAUCCCAUCCACCCCCUCCUUUUUGCAUGGUGUGUAGGUUCAAGAUGGGGGCACUGGGGUUAAAUAGCACAGCAAGAUCCUAGGAGCAACAGCUUUGCGUCCUUUGUUGCCUCUGGGUGAGUAUAAUUAUGCAGGGCAAGUUCCCGGCAAUGGCAGAGAUCAAUGUCCGUGCAUGUCUCACAUUCCUGGGGUGGGUGGGGAGGACUGUGUGUUGAAUCAGAAUAGCAGCGUUGCAGAAACGUGUGGGGCAACAUCCAUGUGUCCCUUCCUACCAGGAAGGAGGGUGAAUCAGGUGGCUUCAGGACAGCAAGAUCCCAGGAGCAUGUAUGAAACACCACCAGGAGAGGUGGAGGUUAGUGUUGAGGCUGGGGGUUCCUGGAGUCUUGCUGUGUUGUCCCCCUGGGAUACCUCCCCCCAUGCUCCCUCACCUUGCCCUUCAGUCUGGCCCACUCUGGGGCAGCUCCCUGCGGCCCUGCAGGCUUUUCCUUUCCUCGUGACCUUAGACUGUUCCCUUCUGUGGGAAGGUGUGAAACUGGAAGUGUAGGAAAGGUCAGGUGUAAAGAGAUCAUUCAAGUAGCUCUGGUAAGAGUUGGGUAUGGACUCCCUCGCUCCCUGGUUGUGACCACACGGAUGGUAUACUGGUGAAGAAGAUGUGCUUGCCCUUUGUCAGUCCGGCCACUUUGUACAGGGCUUUGGACAUGCUGUUGAAACUUGACACAAUGCAGGUUGUUUUUAACAAAAUAGACUUUAUUCACAAUAAAAUAUUUACGAGAAUAAA